AUGGCAAGGAUGCAAAGCGCCGCGGGCAAUAAGAGGCGUAAGGACGGAGACAGCAGGAAGAGCUCCGUCGUCGAAGGGUUUACACUAAGCGCCUCCAACAACCUGGCGCGUCUCACAGCGUUAGCUCUGACGCACUUACUUCUGGCACCGGCCUGUGCGCGUUUACCGGCGCACACGCCGCUGCGAAGAGCCGCCGUUGAUUUACUUGGAAGAGGGUUCGCAGUCUGGGAGCCUUAUUUGGAUGUCAGCCACGUAUUACUUGGGCUCCUAGAGAUGUGCUCGGACGCCGACAAGCUGGUCCCGUCGAUGACGUACGGGCUGCCGCUCACGCCGCAAGCGGACUCCUGCAGAACCGCUCGACACGCCCUUACUUUGAUCGCUACGGCCAGACCUGGUGCCUUCAUUACAACAAUGGCUCGCGAGGUAGCCCGUGUGGCCGCGGCCCAGCAGGCCGGGCAGCCGUCGCCGGCGUCGCACGCGCUCCACAAAGGCCGUGCCGAAGUGUUGCGCGGGAUUGAACUGCUGAUCGAUAGGAUGCACAACGAGGUUGCUGAGUUACUGGUCGAGGUCAUGGACAUCAUCCUCCACUGCGUAGACCAGUCGCACCUGAAGAGCAAAGGACUUAACGAGGUUUUCCCGGCCAUCUGCCGCUACAACCAAGUCUCGCACUGCCCUGCCACCAGAAGGAUCGCUGUGGGCAGCCACACGGGCCAGCUAGCCAUGUACGAGCUUCGCGCCGGUCGCUGCCAGUCACUUGCUGCGCACAGCGGACCCGUCACAGCUUGUGCCUUCAGCCCCGACGGACGAUACCUGGUGUCCUACGCCACGGCCGACAACCGGCUGUCCUUCUGGCAGAGCACAGCAGGCAUGUUCGGCCUAGGAGCCGCCCAGACACGCUGCGUCAAGUGCUACAGCACGGCACCAAUGGCGGACGUCGCUCGCCUCAACCCGGCCAGGCUGGCGCGCCUCGUCUGGGCCAAUAGCCGCACCGUCACGCUCAUGCUUGCUGACGGCUCCGAGACUAGGUUUAACGUGUAGACACAACUCAAUACAGCUUACUGACGAAAAAUAAUGACACUGACAUAAUAUAAUAACUUACAACAGCCUGCUGACGCCAUAUAAUAGCUUACUAACGCCUCGUGUUAGCCAACAGUCGCACCGUCACGCUCAUGCUCGCUGACGGCUCCGAGAUUAGCAAGCACUGAUACCAAACACAGGCUUACUGACGUCAAAUAAUAACUUGCUGACGGCUAGCACCGGCUUACUGACACCAAACGACUCUGAGACUAGGUUCAACGUGUAGGCCAGGGACUAGAUUACUGACGCCAUUUAAUACUUUGCUGACGUCAUAUAAUACUAUCUGACACCAUAAGACUCUAGAUUUGCCGCGCUAGAUUCAGACACAAGCCUAGAUAGUAAAUACCAGCUUACUGACGCCAUAUAAUAACUUACUGACGCCAAUCAACUGCUUGCUGACGUCUCAUAAUAACUUACUGACGUUAAACUAUUAAAAUAUGGCUCUGAGACUAGAUUCAACGUGUUAAGACCAUCUUAGAUACCAAAUACCGGAUUCUGACGACAAAUUGCUUGCUAACACCAAUUACCUGCUGUCAGUAAGCAGGAAAUUGGUGUCAGCAAGCAAUUUGUUUGUUGUUUGGCCGCUAAAUAAAAGAAAUUUGAUCAUUUAAUAAUAAUAAUAAAUAUUUUAUAGAUAUAAAUGUAUAAUGACGUUAAAACAUUCACAUGUACUAUUGUAUUUUCAUGUAAUUUUGAGGACAGGUGUGAAGUAUUAUUAUGGAGAGGCUUAACUAAAAUUGACCUUAUUUUUUGAUAUGUAAGGUAUAUUAUUCAUUGACUAACAUCAGUAAUUAUAUUCUUUAUUUUAUUUUAGAUCUUAAUUAAACUUAGUUUAGGCCGAUUAUUGGUUUUAGUCCUUUUUGUUGUACUGAUAUGCAGUUCAUAGCACAUUUAUCUAUUAAUUUAUUUAAUUACGAACCUUAUAAAAAGAUACAAAGUCGAAAAUGCUUUGGAUAAAUCUGCUGUUGACUGUACUAUGAAGAAAAUAUUGCAAAUUAGUUAAUAUUCAAAAUAACCUGUGUCUAAUCUGAAGAAAAAGAAACAUUAAUUCUUUUAAUUAAUUUAUUUUCGUCUCCAACGUCUGUUUUUCAAUUUAAUGUAUGAGAUUAUCAGUAUUUUUCUUAGCAAAAUUAUUGUCGUAUUUAAUUUAGUUUUAUUUAAUGACUAAUACCUUAGUAUAUUUAGUUGCUUUGUGACUAAAAUGUCGUAAAUGUUGUGACUGUUUAGUUAAAUAUUUUAGACUUAAGUUUCUGCAUUUAUGGAUUAGAAUUGACACUUAAUAUCCUCGUAUAAGAAACGAGACUCAAAAUUCGAUUGAAAUGCAUGUGUUUGAUUGAUUUCUUCUGUUUGAGUAUUUAUAUUUAUUGAGUAAAGUUUCAAUAUGAUCUACAUAUGUAAUGUCUUUAUUUAGAUGCCAUCUUGAGAAUAACAAGUAACUGGGUUACAGUAAUUUUAAAUUGAUACAUUCUAAUUAUGUAUAUUAAAGAUAAGCAAUUUUUCUUUCUACUGUAAAGUUGCUAAUACUGACUAGCACAAUGUUAGAACUUAACACAAGAAAUAUGUUCCAAAAAUAUUUGAUUCUCCAUACAAAUAAUGAACUCGAAAUCACAAAAAAUCAAAUCAAUAUUUUGACAUUUUAAAUAACUGUCACUUUGACAGUUGUUUAUGGCCCAAAUGUUAAAUUAUUGAUUUGAUUUGAUAAUCCAACUUAAAUUCAUGUAAUUUGUGAAAAGAAGCGAAUAGUUUUGUGUUUAACUUAUCUUAAUUUUUAGAAAAAAUAUUGAUGUGCCCUUUUUAGGGUUACAAGUACGGUUUUAAAGUAUAUCUUAAUACGUAGCAUCCCUACUUCUUUAAAAGCUAAGGGAUAAAUCGCCUAUUUUUGUCUUGUACCUGUAUUCCAAAUUUCUAUUAAUUUUGAAAUCAUUUAUUUUAUAAAAUAAUUAACUUUUUUCACACAAAGUUACAAUAUCCAGUACAUAAUUAAUAAAUAUGGAUUUGUCUUGCAAAUCGAUUG